AUGCAUUUCUCCCUCUUAUGCCAGAUCGGCCUUGCCGCCCUCGCAACAGCAUCGCCCAUUUCCAUAGUCAAGAAGCAGUCCAAACCACCUGCGUUCUUCUUAGCCGGAGAUUCAACUACCGCCUCAGGCGGCGGAUGGGGGAAUGGGUUCUUGACAACACUUACCGGCGGUGCCAUCGGCACAAAUUUUGGGCACAACGGAGCUACCACUGAGAGUUUUGUUUCGGGAGGUGACUGGGCCAAAGUGAUUGCUGCAGUCAAGAAGAACAAGGGAUCGUACAGUCCUUAUGUCACUAUCCAGUUCGGCCACAACGACCAAAAGCCAGAGAAGAACAUCAGCGUCGCGAAGUUCACAGCCAAUCUCAAAGCACUAGCCAAAGAAGUCACUGCAGCAGGCGGAACCCCCAUCCUGGUCACCUCGCUUUCCAGACGCCACUUCUCCUCGGGAACCAUCACGAACAAUCUCGUGGAUCAAGUGAAAGCCGCCUUGGCAGCAGCAUCCGACAUUGGCUCGGCUGUCAUCGACCUGAACGCUGCUUCGGUGAAGUACUUGAAUAGCAUUGGAGAGGCGAAUGCGAGGACUUAUGAUUUGGCGGCGGGAGAUUCGACGCAUUUGACUCCGGCGGCGGGAGUGGUGUUUGGGAAUAUGGUUGCCGGGUUGAUCUCGCAGAGUAAGAUUGGGCCUGCGGUGAGGAGCUAUUUGAAAGAGGAUGCGGCUAUUAAGUCUGCUAUUGCGGCGGGAAAGUACAUUUUCCCAAAGGUCUGA